CCUCACGCCCGGCAUCUUCGCAAACAUAUCCGGACCUGCAAUUAAUCUAAGACCGCCCUGCUACAUUUCCUUAGGACAAGAGGACAGAACUCAAGAGUGCCUUCAAGCUGUGUAUUUAUUGAUGCUCUGCUACCAAAGAAAUGUUGUCGCUACUUCCGUUCGUUUAUUUUCAUCUUUGUGGCUUCGCUAUAAUUUCACAUCGCUCUUUUCGACACACAUUGCAUUACACACCAUGAAACUCUCAACCUUCUUCGCCACAGCAGCACUGCUAGCCAAAGCCCUAGCAUCUGAAGACCCCUCACCCUCUCCCGCCUCCGAAUUCGCCUCCGAAUCCUCCCCUUCCCCUGGGCCUCCCUCUGGACCGCCUCCUCCUUCUCCGCCUACACCACCCCCUGCCGCGCCUCUUCCACCUUCACCGCCGAGAUCUACACCCUAGCCGAGAUGUACCCAACCCUGAAAACCUGGGCGCCGGAGCUCAAGGUCUUCUACAACAAAGUCGAGUACCCCGGCUCCUGGGACGGGGUCGAUCUGCACGGCGACAAGCGCGAGCUGCUAAAGAUGAAUUUAGCCGAUAUCCCUGAGGGGAUGCAGACGUGGUUGAAAGCGCACGAGUUCCAGAGAAGGUACAGUGUGCAGGGGGAUGUGGUGUUUUUCGCGCCUGGGGGCGAUGUAUCCGUUGUUGCUGGUUUGAUACAGAGGACAGUGCUGAUUAUGAGUGUGUAGGGGUUUU